GUUGAAAACUUUGGAAUAGAAGUAUUUAAUAUAAGCAGUGGAGGUGGCAGAGCCUUCAAGGAAUACUUAGUUCAAUGGCAGUUUGGUCUGAAACUUUGACCUUGCACAGCCUGCGCCUGGCUGCCUUCAGCAGGGCUCUCCCCAGCAGCAGGGUCUACUGCUGGGGCUGCCCAUGUUUUGGGGUCUUGGCUUUCUCCCCACACCAGAGCCACCUCACUCCUUUGCUACUAUGUGAAAUGCUACAGCCUCUUCUGCAAAAGCUGUGAGAGCAUCUGACAGAAGGCAGAAGUGUUUGCUUUUGCUUGUUAGGAUACGUUUUUUCCACCGUCAGCUGGUUUCCCCUGUGAAAAUUAAGACUGCUUGUGUAAAAAGCUGGAAAUUAUGCUUUUUUGGUAGCUGAUUAAAAAUAUUUAAUCUGAGCAACAUAGAUGACAAUUCUUACUUCUGCCAUCAUAGACUUAUGAUUGGCUCUGACAACCAGUGAAAUAGAUUUUUAUGGUUUUAAGUGUAUACUGAAGUCCCAUUAAUUGGGUUGGCAAUGACAUAUUCAAAAUGUAUUAAUAUCCUACAGUUAGAGAAGAAAAUCCAGGGGUUAAUCUGGGGUGGGUAUGCAAGCACCUGUUGAUUUGCCGUAGGAGCCCACAGCACCAUUAGAGUGACAACCUCCAGCAAAUGUUGUAUGACACUUACAGGUGAAACAAUAAUCUUGUCUUUCAUUCAAACUGCUGGCUGUGAUCAUCCAUGCAUGGUUUCCCAAAUCAAUACUGCUCUGAUUUAUUGAGUAAUUUAAUAGGGGAUAAUAUGUGCUCUUUUUGAAGAUAUGUUGCCAGAUCCUGUUCCUGUUGAAAAUAAGAAAUCAGUGGAUGAACGUAAAGAUCAGGCUUGCUUUGUAGCGAGGAAGCAGAUCUGCUGGGCUAACUGUGAAGGCACUGUCUCCAUGCCUGUGUAUGGGUGUAUGUAGCUGCUUCUUUCGUCAGGAAGUUGAGAUCCAAAUUACCAAUGACCUAAACCCACAAAUCCUUCCUUUUAUUGUAGUCGAGUUACUUUGAAAUUUGUUUCAUAUGGGGAAUUUUAGGUGCAAUCUUCAAGGUUGUAAAAUGGAUCCUGUGAACAGGAUAUUUUUGUGUGCUGUUUUAGCAGAAGGAAGGACUCCAACCUUUAUCUUUCCACUAAGAGGCCUAAAAUAAUAUUUCUUUCUGCUGUUGUAAUUUUUUUCCCCAUUAAAAUGCUUCUGCGUACACCUAGCUCUUGCCAAGAUCAGGAACAUCUCAGUAGCCUUGCUGAGACAAUGCAAUCUUUGUAUAGCUAUGGCUGGUAGGAUUUUGGUGACACAGUGAACUCAACAGAGCAAAACAACUUCUUAGUAACUGCAGAGCUGACUACCUUAUAUUUGAGGGAAAUUUUGUCCUUUCCAUUCUUUCAUUUGCUAUGAUCACCACCAAGAUUUCAUUUGAAAAGAAGAGAGAGUUUUUUGAUAUUUUCUAAGAGUGUGUUUCACAAAAUGUACUUAUAGUCUGGAUGUUAUCUUUUACCUAGCUAGGUCAUAAAGCUGAGACUAAAUCAGCACAGACGGGCUUGUUUGGCAUGAGAUGGAAGGAAACUACGAAUGCACAAAAAUCCUCAACCAAGAAUCCUAAGACAACAGUGACUUUCAGCUGUUUCCAAAGUGGGCAUGGCUUAACCAGCCACUGACAACUGUAGUGCUCUCCGUCCUAUUCGCCAGCAUGAAGGCUGUUGGGAGAUUUACUCUGGAGAAGCACCACCCCAAGUGAUGUAGUUCAGGGCUGCAUUCGUAUUUUGGCCUUUUGAGUACCCAGUGGAUGUGCGUGAGUUCUGCCUUUGAAAUCAACUGAAAUACUGCCUCUGCAUUUCAGUCUUUUAUCAGAGAAACUUAAUAAGCUCCACCACAAGUCAGGGUGUAGGUUCAGCCUCAGCAAGUUGAGUGCUCAGUAACAUUAAAAAGGUUGUUAAUUAUUGCACUGUCAUAGACCCGGGAUUCCUGACCUGGGUGUUGCUGCUGUGUGUGUACUCUGCUCCACAGGCGGAGUGGAAGGACUGUCACGCCUCUGUGGGGUUUAUGCAUGAAAUACCCAGCGAAAGGCAAGAGGUUUUAUCAGGCUGUGAAUGAGUUUGACACCAUGACUGCUGAGGACUCUACUGCAAGGAUGAGCAACGAUUCCUCCAAUGUGGCUACCACAAAAGUCCCUGAAGGUGUUGCUGGUGCACCCAAUGAGGCAGCUCUGCUGGCCCUCAUGGCACGCACUGGAUAUAGCAUGAUCCAGGAGAACGGGCAACGCAAGUAUGGUGGUCCUCCUCCUGGCUGGGAAGGCCUGCACCCUCCUCGUGGCUGUGAAGUCUUUGUGGGCAAAAUCCCCCGUGACGUCUAUGAAGAUGAGCUUGUCCCUGUGUUCGAGUCUGUGGGCCGCAUCUACGAAAUGCGCCUGAUGAUGGACUUUGAUGGGAAAAACCGUGGCUACGCCUUUGUGAUGUACACACAGAAGCACGAGGCGAAGCGUGCCGUCAGGGAGCUGAACAACUAUGAAAUCCGUCCCGGCAGGCUGCUGGGUGUGUGCUGUAGUGUGGAUAACUGCCGGCUCUUCAUCGGAGGCAUUCCCAAGAUGAAGAAGAGAGAGGAGAUCCUGGAAGAGAUUGCCAAGGUGACGGAAGGCGUGCUGGAUGUCAUUGUGUAUGCCAGCGCUGCAGACAAGAUGAAGAACAGAGGUUUUGCCUUUGUGGAGUAUGAGAGCCAUAGAGCAGCAGCAAUGGCCAGGAGGAAACUCAUGCCGGGAAGGAUCCAGUUGUGGGGCCACCAGAUUGCUGUUGACUGGGCAGAACCAGAGAUAGAUGUUGAUGAAGAUGUCAUGGAGACUGUUAAAAUCCUCUAUGUGAGGAAUUUAAUGAUUGAGACCACAGAGGACACUAUUAAAAAGGUCUUUGGGCAGUUUAACCCUGGCUGUGUAGAGCGGGUGAAAAAAAUACGUGAUUACGCCUUUGUGCACUUUGCAACCAGGGAUGAUGCCAUUCAUGCCAUGAACAACCUUAACGGUGUCGAACUGGAAGGCUCAUGCCUGGAGGUUACCUUGGCCAAGCCAGUAGACAAGGAGCAAUACACUCGCUACCAGAAAGCAGCAAAAGGAGGGGCCGCAGCGACGCCUGAAGUAACUCAGCAACCUAAUUAUGUUUACUCUUGUGAUCCGUACACACUAGCAUAUUAUGGAUAUCCAUACAAUGCCUUGAUUGGGCCCAACAGAGAUUACUUUGUGAAAGCAGGCAGCAUACGAGGCAGAGGGCGAGGUGCAGCUGGCAACAGAGCCCCGGGCCCCAGGGGCUCCUACCUGGGGGGAUACUCCGCUGGCCGUGGCAUCUACAGCAGGUACCAUGAAGGCAAAGGAAAGCAGCAAGAGAAAGGAUACGAGCUGGUACCCAACUUGGAGUUACCUGCGGUCAAUACAGUGGCCAUUAAGCCUGGUGCAGUGGCCAUCCCUGCCAUCAGUGCCCAGUACUCCAUGUUUCAGACCGCUCCACCAGCCAAGAUGAUGGAAGACGGCAAAAUCCACACUGUUGAGCACAUCAUCAACCCUAUAGCUGUUCAGCAGGACCCAGCUAGCGCAGCAGCUGCCGCAGCAGCUGCAGCUGCAGCUGUAAUACCGGCUGUCUCAACACCUCCCCCCUUCCAGGGCCGCCCCAUCACGCCGGUGUACACCAUGGCUCCCAAUGUGCAGCGGAUCCCCGCCGCUGGGAUUUAUGGGACAAGUUACGUGCCAUUCGCAGCACCCGCUGCAGCAACAGCAACGAUAGCCACGCUACAGAAGAACGCGGCUGCUGCCGCUGCCGCUGCUGCCUAUGGGGGAUAUGCUGGCUACAUCCCCCCGGCGUUCCCAGCCACGACCAUUCAGGUCCCUAUCCAUGAUGUCUACCAGACGUACUGAGACUGUUGGCAGAGGAGGGCAGCGGAGAAACACACACUGAAGGAACACUUUACUAUUUAUGAAGAAAGAACUGGCUGCAAAAGAGUAAAUGUUUGGGCUCAGUAAACUGAUGCAGAAAGUGAAGAAUGUCAUAGAAAAACGUGUUUGAAAUAUUUUCUACGCUUGAAGUUUUCACUAACUUUUUUAGGCUAUUUUUAAAAUUUAACAUGCCUGUAUUCAUACAUUUCUAAAGGAACUCGAUGCAUCCAGCCCACCGCUGACGUGCAUUUAUACGCAUCAUAGUGGGGUUGCAUAGGGUCUUUUUUUUUUUUUAGCAGUUAUAUUUCCAAUGUAUUUGUGGUAUGAAGGUUAUUUUUUAGUAACUUCUGCACUCCAGAGAUGUCUAUUUUGUAGUGCCUUUAAUAAUAUAUCAGCUAUAUAUUAAAAAGCACACCUGAGCAGCUAGGGAAAGUUUUAACAAUAUAUUUUGAAGAAUAUAUUCAAUAUUUAAAGAAUACAUACCUUAGAUUUUUUUUUUUAAAGAAGAAAACAACAAGUAUCUUAUUUAAAAAAUAUACUGGAAAGUGCAAUUUGAAAAAUGUACAAGACCUCUGCAUUUUUGUGCUGGCAUUAAUACGAUCUGCCUGUUCUUAUUUGAAAUCAGAAGUAACUAAUAUUGCCCGUUUGGGAGACAGAGAAAAAAGCCCAUCCUCCUCACACAAACCUCUUCACAGUGUGAUUUGCAGGCUUGUGUUAAGUAAAGAAAGGGUUCUGAGUUUUCCUUAACAACUGGAUUUUCUAUUUAUUGAAGCUAUUCGUAGUUGAAGCAUAUGCAGAAAUGAGCAGCCAAUAUUUCACGCGAGGUGUCUUGACUGAGAUCUUAAUCCAGUAUAAAGGCUAGGCUCUUUUUCAACAGUCUUUAUCCUUUGAAGUAUAUGUUGUAGUGACUGAGAAUGUAUGCUGCUGUCAGCAAGAGUAGGCGUGCUCUUGCCAAGAGGAUGCACAGCAUUACUUACCCAUCGCUCCAUCAUGUUCUGUGAGAAAUUUCCGAGGUACUAGAGGCAGUAGUGAUACUGGAAUAGUGAAACAGGGCUAGCCUCCCUCCCAGCCUCCCUUCCAUGCUUAACUCCCCUUCUCUGCAACUGGAGUUGUACAUGCACAUCAGGGGUGGGAGUGAUUAGACCUGAUGAUUUUAAGACAUAGAGCUUGUAAAUAUCUUUUAAUAUACAUUUUUAAAGUCAUUUUAUGUUGCAAAUUUACAUGGUAUGUGGUUUGCCACAAACCAAAAACCUUUUAUUGCAAUGUUAUAAAAAAGUUUGUUUUAUUAAGAAGUAAAUAUAUUAUUGCAGUGUUUUGUGGCCUGUUUAAAGGCUUUUAUUUAGUAGCGUGGUGAAUGUAAAAAGUAGUAAAACGGUAAAGAAAUAUCUUACCCAUUGUAUGAAGUGCCUCAGCCCUGCAAACACAGCUCUGGUGACACGAGGUGCAAAGCAGAGAACAAGUAAACAAUGUUCUUUUACUUUUUGUGGUAAAAGUACCAACCAAAAGAGUUUCGUAUUGAGCAUAUUUUGACAACUGAACCACUUCCAGAUCACAUCCCACUCAGCUAAUGGCCUUUUAAUACACUUUUUUUCCUUGCCUCAAAAUUGAGUGGUUGUUUUUAGGUGCUCUGGCUCAGCCAAGCUGAGCUCUCCUUAACCCCGUCAACCCGCUAGCGAAAGCACUGUGAGGUUAGCCAUCAGGUCGGACUCUGCCCCUCUGUGCCCUUCCUGGGAGACUUUUAUUGUCUGUUCCUGUGCUUCCAAAAGUGCACGAUCCCCCUGAGCCUGCCCCUUGCCCGGUGAGGAGGGGAUCGGGGCACAGCCCCGAGGGAGAAGCCCCCAGAGGGAAGGAUGGUGCCAUCUCCUCCGGCCAAGACCUUGCACAGUUCAACACUAAGUGCCACCGUGGGGCCAUGGGCUCUGCACAAACACCCCCAGCGUCAGAAAAAGGAAGUCUAGUGGUUUAGGUCCCUGCCGACCCCUUGCCAGUCCCAUGCGGUGGCCGACCCACACAGUAGGCAUGAAGGAUGAUGGCUCCCUUCCCACUCAUCCUCUCCCCACCAGCAGGAUGAGGGUCAUGCCACUUGUAGAGGUGGCAGGGAGAGAAAGGAGCCAGUGAGGGCGAAUGCCAGGGCACCCCAGGGCAAUGAUGAGUGCUGCCUAUGCUGGGCCAGGAGCAGGCAGGACGCAGGGACACAGGCAGGACAUGGGGACACAGGCAGGCGUGUCAUACUGAGCCUCCCACCCCUGCCUUUUACACUUGCUUCUAAACCAUUUCAUAUACACUACUACUGAGGUAAGUCUGAUAACUUGAAAUGUGAACAUCUUUAGGUUAAGAACAAACUAUUCAAAGAAAAAAAAAACCAGAAAAAAAACCCCAAAACCCAAACCUAGUGUGCCUUAUUCUCAAAAGAGCUGAUAUUUUAGGUGUUUUAUUGUAUCUCUAUUCUCUACUGUCAGAAGCCUCUGAGUUUAUUUAGUUCUUGCUCCAUUUACGGUACAUUUCUAGGAUGUAGUGAAUAAAGCAUUCUUUAAAAAUGGA